AUGACAAUAGUAAUCGUUGAUGUUGGUUUCAUCUUUUUCUCAGAUCUAUCGGUGAUAUCGCCAAAAGAAAGACACGAGUGCAAGGCGGACAACGGAAAGGGCAAUUACGCUUUCAGAAGGAGUAAAUUUCCGUUCACAAUUCCUGCAUGUGUAAGUCAGUGGGACACAUCCAAAAGAUGCCGAACAUGUUCACAGCGAAAAUCUGAGUCAGAGCGAGGAGAAUUACUGGAUGAUCUCAAGACGGUCGGUGAACGGUUGAAUCCAUCAGGCGACUGCGUCCUCACAGUUGCUACUUCACUAAUGUUUGGUUGUCAAGACUUUUGUCACUAA